AUGCCGGUGGACCUCAGCAAGUGGUCCGGGCCUUUGAGCCUGCAGGAAGUGGACGAGAGGCCGCAGCACCCGCUGCAGGUUAAGAACCGGCCCACCAGCAUUGCAUGGGAUGGGCUUGAUCCAGGUAAAUUGUAUACCUUGGUCUUGACAGACCCGGAUGCUCCCAGCAGGAAGGACCCCAAAUACAGGGAAUGGCACCAUUUCCUGGUGGUCAACAUGAAGGGCAACGACAUCAGCAGUGGCACAGUCCUCUCCGAUUAUGUGGGCUCUGGGCCUCCCAAGGGCACAGGCCUUCACCGCUACAUCUGGCUGGUUUAUGAGCAGGACAGGCCACUGAAGUGUGAUGAGCCCAUUCUCAGCAACCGAUCUGGAGACCACCGUGGCAAAUUCAAGGUGGCGAAUUUCCGCAAAAAGUACGAGCUCGGGGCUCCAGUGGCCGGCACGUGUUACCAGGCCGAAUGGGAUGACUAUGUGCCCAAGCUCUACGAGCAGCUGUCUGGGAAGUAGAGGAAAGCCAAGAGAUGGACACUGUCCCAGAGUUCCCAAGCAGUGUUUCAGUUUAGUGAUGCAUGUAGAUUUCUCCC